AUUCCCAUCCCAUAUACAUGAAAUUACAAAACAAGUUAUCAAAAAGGAAAAAGUAGAUAAAUUAAGUUUGAGAACCCGCCGGAGAGGGAAAAAAUGGAGGAAAAAGACGGUGUUAUGGAGUCGACUCCGGCGUUCCGGCUAAAAUGGGACGUGUUCUUGAGCUUUAGAGGCGAAGAUACAAGAUACGGAUUCACUACUGAUCUCUACAAUAGUCUCUUCUCGAAUGGAAUCCGAGUCUUUCUAGACAAUGAAGGAAUGGAUCGGGGCGACGAAAUAGCGCCGAGUUUGCUAGAAGCGAUUGAGGAUUCGGCUGCAGCUAUUGCUGUUAUAUCGCCUAAGUAUGCAUCCUCCCGGUGGUGCUUGGAGGAGCUGGCGAGAAUUUGCGAGCUGCGAAAACUUGUGCUUCCGGUGUUUUUUGAAGUUAAUCCGUCGGACGUACGGAGACUGAAAGGACCAUUUGAGAAGGACAUUGAAGAUCUGGAGAGAAGAUUUGGAGUGGAAAAAGUGGUGAGAUGGAGGAACGCCAUGGAAAGAGUUGGAGGGAUUUCUGGCUGGAUUUACAAGCACAGGGAAGCGGCACAUGUGAUUGAAACUUUAGUUAAAAGGAUCCUGAAUGCAAUGAGCAACUCCCCAGUUGUUGUUGCUCCAUAUACGGUGGGGCUCGAUUUGCCCAUACAAGAAUUGAUGGAAAUGUUGGAUGUAACUCACAAUGUCCCCCAAGUUCUGGGGUUCCUUGGUACUGGAGGAAUUGGCAAGACAACUCUUGCCAAAGCUGUUUACAAUAAACUUGCAAGGCAUUUUGAAUGCCGCAGUUUCAUAUCAGAUGUUAGAGAAACUUUUGCUAAGCUCGAUGGUGUAUUGUUACUUCAAAACAAACUCAUUAAAGAUCUUUCUACGAGUUCAGUGCAUGCCAAUUACAACAAUAAUGAUUUUUUGGCAGAAAUCAGAAGAAUAUUUAUGGAAAAACGAGUUAUGAUUGUUUUAGAUGAUGUUGAUGAUGCAAAGCAACUUAAUGAACUAGCUAUUCAUAGGGAAUGGUUUUUCGAAGGAAGUCGGAUUAUCAUUAGUACCAGAAAUAGAGAUGCUUUGCCUACUGAUGUUGUGAAUAGGAUUUAUGAUGUCAGAACAUUACGUCCUGAUGAUUCAUUAAAACUUUUUAGUUACUACGCACUGAGAAGGGAGAAGCCUAGUGGGACUUUUCUGAAGCUGUCUGAGCAAAUAGUUUCCAUUACUGGUGGAUUACCUUUGGCUCUACAAGUAUUUGGUUCACUCCUUUUUGACAAGAGGCGAUUGGAAGAAUGGAGCGAUGCAUUAGAGAAGCUGAAGAAGAUUCGUCCUGACCAUCUUCAUGAUAUCUUGAGGAUAAGCUUUGAUGCACUUGAUGAAGAAGAGAAGUGUAUAUUUCUCGACAUUGCGUGCUUAUUGAUCAACUUGAAAAUGAAAAGAGAGGAUGUAAUCGAUGUUAUGAAAGGCUGUGGUUUCAGAGCUGAGAUUUCGCUCUCAACCCUUACAGCAAGAUCUCUAAUCAAAGUUAAUGAGAAUGAUGAGUUGCGGAUGCAUGAUCAGAUUAGAGACAUGGGACGGCAAAUCAUUUUACAAGAAACUGAAGAAAGCUAUUCAGAUAUUGGACAGCGCAGUAGAAUCUGGGAUCGUGGAGAUGUUCUUGAGGUCUUGCAGGGCCAGAAGGGGACACGAAGCAUCCAGGGGCUCCUCAUUGAUUUGGAUGUGAUGACCCGCACAAGCGUUAUGAGUUCCAAAACUAUAGCUUUGGAUAAUCUUCAAAGAGUUCCCAAUUUCACUGCUGCAUUAACAUAUAUGAAGGAGACAUACAAGGAAUAUUUUCGACAUGUUCCAGAGGAAGGUGAAGUAAUAGUUGAUGCCAGAUGGUUUAAAUCAAUGGUUAAUCUAAGGAUGCUUCAGUUCAGUAAUGUGCGACUGGAAGGAGAUUUUCACUAUAUACCUUCUGCGGUGAAAUGGCUACAAUGGAGGAAAUGUUCACACAGACGUCUUCCUUCUGUAUUGUUGUCCAGGGAACUGGCCGUCCUUGAUCUAGCAGAAAGCAAGAUAGAAAGUGUAUGGGGGUGGAAAUGGUUCUGGGACAGACGAAAGGUGAAUAAUAAAUUGAAGGUGCUGAAUCUCUAUAACUGUUGUAAAAUAACUUCAAUUCCUGAUUUAUCUGGUUACAAGUCCCUAGAAAAGCUGAUACUCGAGCUUUGCGUAAGUCUGAAAAGUAUUCACAAAUCAAUGGGGGACUUGGAGAAUUUACGCCAUCUGAACUUGAAGGAUUGUUCGAGCCUUGUUCAGUUUCCCAAUGAUGUUUCUGGGCUAAAGCGUCUUAAGGUACUCAUUCUCUCUGGUUGUUCACAGAUUAAAAAUUUACCUCAGAAUAUUGGCAGCAUGAAUUCUUUACAAGAACUUCUUGUUGAUAACACUGCCAUAGAAGAAUUACCUGAAACUAUAUUCCGGCUAGCUAGCCUUGAAAGGCUUUCCCUGAACUCUUGCAAAUUCUUAAGACGACUACCCAUGUGCAUGCGACAGCUUAGAUCCUUGAGGGAACUUUCUCUUCAUAGUUCUGCAUUGGAGGAAUUACCUGAUUCUAUAGGUGAGUUGGGAAAUCUUGAGAUUCUAAAUUUGAUGCGGUGUAAAUCGCUGACUGUGAUUCCAGAUUCAAUUGGCAAUCUUAAAUCAUUGGCCAGUCUCUGGCUUAAUGGUAGUUCAGUGGAAGUUAUACCAGCAUCAGUUGGUUCACUAUACUAUCUAAAAGACUUAUCAGUUGGAGAUUGUCAGAGUUUACACACAUUGCCUAUCUCUAUUGAAGGGUUAUCUUCAUUGAUUAGGAUUCAGUUAGACAGGACUGCAAUCACUGGUUUACCUGAUCAAUUUGGUUCCUUGAAAUCCCUUAGGAAACUUGAAAUUAGAGAUUGCAAGAAUCUUGAUUCACUACCAGAUUCAAUUGGAAACAUGUCGGCCCUUCAUACAUUAAUCUUGAACAAAGCUGUCAUAAUAGGGUUACCAGAAUCUAUAGGGAAGUUGGAAAAUCUCACCCUGCUGAGACUGAACCAGUGCACGAAACUAAGCAAAUUACCGGCCUCAUUUGGAAACUUGAAGAACCUGCACCAUCUAUUUAUGGAGGAGACUUCCGUUACCGAAUUACCUGAAACAUUUGGGAUGCUUUGUAACUUAAGGACAUUGAAAAUGGCAAAGAAGCCCUGCCCCCCGGUGCCUCAGAUUUCUGAAACAUUGGAGCCAGCUACUAGUGCAAAGAGGAAGGUGCUUCCGUCUUCUUUCUCAAAUCUUUCCUUGCUAGUAGAAUUCAAUGCUUGUGCUUGGAAGAUAUCCGGGAAGAUACCUGAUGAUUUUGAGAAGUUAUCAUCUUUAGAGGAUUUGAAUUUGAGUCACAAUGAUUUUUACAGUCUCCCAUCUAGUAUGAAAGGACUCCAGCUUCUCAAAAAGCUUGUACUGUCGCACUGCAAAUUGCUUAAAGUUCUUCCUCCACUUCCCUCGAGUUUACACGAACUGAAUGCUGCGAACUGCACGUCACUAGAAAGCUUGUCUGAUCUCUCAAAUUUGCAGAAUUUGAUAGAGCUAGAAUUCACAAAUUGUGAGAAACUAGUGGAUGUCCCAGGCAUCGAACAAUUGAAGUCCUUGAGAAGGUUGUACAUGGCAGGUUGCAGUUCUCAUGCCUCAGCGGUGAUACAGAAACUUGACAAGAUUGCUUUGAGAAAUUUAUCUAACUUAGGUAUACCUGGAAGUGAAAUCCCAGAUUGGUUUACUCGAGAUGAAGUUUGCUUUUCCAAAAAGAAAAAUAAUGCAAUUAAGACUGUGAUUAUAGCUGUUGUUGUCUCCAUGAACUCUUCUCAAAUCCAUCAUGAUUCAAGAUACGCGUUGCCUUUUAUUGUCGAUGUUGAAGCAAAGAUCCUCAGGGUGACUAAAGCAGUUUUUAAUCAUGUAUUGAACUUAAGAGGAAUCCCAUCUUCGCAAGAGGAUCAACUUUAUUUGUGCAGAUAUCCGGAUUAUCGUCCAUUAGUUACAAUACUAGAAGAAGGUGAUAAAAUACAGGUGGUAAGGCGCAACCCUCCAUUUGAUCCUAGAGUUAUCCUUAAGAAGCGCGGGAUACAUUUAGUUUACGAGAAUGAUGAUGAUUAUGAUGGCAACGAAGAAUUUUUGAACGAAAAGCUACAUUCUGUAACACAGAGAUUGAGGAGGUUUAUUCGCUCUCCUGAGGAACACAAUAAUGUCUCAAACUCUUCCUGAGGAACACAAUAAUAUUAUCUCAAACUUUACUCAGGAAGGCAUGUUGAAGAAAUUAUCUCAAACUCUACUCAGGAAGAUGUGUUGAAGAAAUUAAAUAAGAUGGGUUUGGGUUGGGUCUUGAAGGUUUCAAGAGACUUAUUUAUUAUCUUGUUAUUUUGUUUAUUUAUUUUAUUUUGUAUUAUCUUAUAUUAUUUUUUAGAUUAUCUUUGUAUUAUCUUUUAGUGUUGUAAUAUAGUAGAAUAACAUAAUCCUAGAUAAUAGGGUUGUAAUUUAAUCUUAAAUUUUAGGAAAUUUUUUAAAAAGCUUUUUAUAUAAAUAUUUUUUAUUUGUAUUAAUAAAGUGUGGAAAUAUCGUUUCCCUUUCUCCUUUUUUACAUAGUAUCAAAG